AUGUUUGGAGCUUUAAUUACUAAAAAGUUGUCCUUAAUUAUUUCCCCAUUCAUAUGUAAAAACCAACAUGGUUUCAAACCUAAAAUAUCGAAUUCUACUAAUAUAAUAUUCUAUCAGACAAAGAUCCUUUCGGCUUUAAAUGAACGUGUUCAAUUGGACACUAUUUAUACUGAUUUUCAAAAAGCGUUUGAUAAAGUAAAUCAUACAAUUCUUUUAUACAAAUUAUUUCAUUUUGAUAUUCGUGGAAACUUUUUUAAUUGGUUGAAAUCGUAUUUACGUUCUCGUACCCAGGCAGUAAAAAUGUCUAGCCAAGUUUGUAAUGACUUUUUGGUUAGUUCUAGUGUUCCCCAAGGGUCUCACUUAGGUCCUCUCUUAUUCAUAUUAAUUAUUAACGAUUUGUCUUCCAUCAUUUAUAGCUCAGUUGACGUUCUUUUAUUCGUUGAUGAAGCUAAAUUAUUCUCAGUUAUUAAAACUCCAAAAAGUUAA